CCUCUGUCCUUUACUCGUGGUGUUCUUUUCUCUCUCUUCUUCUUUGAAAUACACUCUUCUUGUGGUUGUGCGCGCGCGUCGAGUCUUUCGCUUGCUAUCCCGACACCAACGUUCGCUUACACCUGCCAUUGAGCCUGGGCGAACAAGUCACGAAAAAAAUCUUUUCAUAUGCGCCUCAUCCCCUCGUCGCGUCCCACGAUGGCCUCAUUCUUGCGAGCUUUCUCGCUGUUGCUCGUGGCGAGAAGUGCCAUUGGCGCUGACCUGCCCUCCAUCCAAGUAAAGGGCUCCAAAUUCUUCUUCCCGAAUGGUACCCAGUUCUUCUUCAAGGGCAUCGCAUACCAGCAGGACACGGGUGCGGCGGGCACCACGUCGAGUAACGCCUCCUUCGUGGACCCUCUCGCCGACGAAACUCGCUGCAAGCAGGACGUGCCUCUACUUGCCCAGCUCAACACCAACAUCAUCCGCACCUACGCCAUCGACCCGACCGCCGACCACUCGGCGUGCAUGCAGUUACUCAACGACGCGGGCAUCUACGUCAUCUCCGACCUGGGCCAGCCGAGCCUCUCCAUCAACCGCGACACGCCACAGUGGACCGUAGACCUCUUCACCCACUACCAACAGGUUGUCGAUACGCUGGUCAAGUAUCCCAACGUCCUCGGCUUCUUCGCCGGAAACGAGGUUAGCAAUAGCAAUAAUAACACGGCCGCGUCGGCGUAUGUCAAAGCCGCGGUUCGAGACACGAAGCAGUACAUCAAGAACAAAAAGUACCGCUGGAUGGGUGUCGGGUAUGCGGCCAACGACGACCUCUCUAUUCGCGACGAUAUUGCGAGCUACUUCAACUGCGGGCCGGCGGACGAGUCCAUUGAUUACUUUGGCUAUAACAUUUACUCGUGGUGCGGCGACAGCGACUUCCAAAAGUCAGGAUACAAUCGUCUUAUCGACUUCUUCAAAGACUAUUCUGUGCCUACGUUUUUUGCCGAAUAUGGGUGCAAUUUGCCCAACGGCGCCGCGGGCCGAGUGUUCGACGAGACUACCGCGCUGUAUAGUUCAAACAUGAGCGAAGUGGUCAGCGGCGGUAUCGUUUACGAGUUCUUUGAGGAAGACAACGACUACGGCUUGGUCAAGGUCGGAAGCGACGGCUCGGCAAGCAAGCUCAAGGACUUUUCCGCUCUGCAGACCAAGAUCCGCGCCGUCCAGCCCAAGGGCGUCUCCAUGUCCGACUACAGCCCAACCAACAAGCCGAUGACUUGCCCGACCGUGAACACAUCCUGGGGAGCCAGUGCGACGCUCCCGCCGACGCCCGAUGCCAACGUAUGCAGCUGCAUGGUCAAGACGUGCGAGUGCGUUCCCGCCGAUGGCCUCGCGGCGACAAGUUACGGCGACAUCUUCGACUUCAUCUGCGGCAAGGACGCCUCGCUGUGCAGCGGCAUCCAGGGCAACGCGACCACCGGCAAGUACGGCGCGUACAGCAUGUGCGACAGCAAGGACCAGCUGGCGUAUGCGCUCAACGCGUACUACCAGAAACAGAACAAGGCGUCGGACGCGUGUAGCUUCAAGGGGCAGGCUAAGACGCAGACGGCGACCAAGAACAGCAACUGCAGCGCGCUGGCUUCCAGUCCGGGCUCCAACGGCACCGGCUCGUCGGGCUCAAAGGACAACGGCGCGGCCGGCGGCCGCCCGCGCGAGGGGGGCCUGUCUCUGGGCGGCCUCUGCUCGACGGUGGCGAUCGUAGCUGCGGGAGUGCUGCUGCUGUAAUCUCAUAGCUGGCCGUGGGGUUUGGGAUGGGGCAGUCGUAUACUCGCCCAUGCUUGUAUCAUGUGAGGGAGAAGGAACAGCAACAGCGUACAUCAUACAGUACUUCGUAUACGUGUUAAAGAUAUGCCAGACUACACGCUAAGCCCGAGCUCCUCGCCGAUGAUCACGGCCGCCUUCUCGCCCACAAUGAGCGCCG